UGCGGCAGACUGCAAGUCCCAGCACGGCGCUGAUUUGUUCCUAAGUUAGAUUUCUGGAGGAAUAUUUCAAAUUACUGAAGAGUGAUAGGAGGCAUUUUUUAUUAUGUCUUUCCCAAAAACACCCUCCGGACCUAUAAACUCUGUGUCCACAUCUGAGAGCAAAAAGUUAAAAGUAUCUGUAGCCAAGGAAGAGACAAGAGGACUUCCUGAACUAAGAGAGAAAAAAAAUAUGGUGGAUCGUCCAAAACCCUUUCCUACUUCCGUUCAGAAUGAGUUCAUUCCUGAGGAAGUUCUUCUUUCUUUGACCUCUGCAGCCAAUGCUGGUCCUUGUCCUGAAAACUUACUGCCUCCUAAGAAAAUUAAAACCCCACAGAAUGUUCUUCCACGCUCUGUAGACCCUGUCUGGCAUCACCCUAUUAGGAGGAAUAAAUUCAAAUAUCUGAUAGACCAACCCGUCUCCAUAACAGGAGCUGGAAGGGACAUUUCUUUUCUGUAUGAUGUUAAAUAUGUGAGAGGGGAGACUAGGGAGAAUACAAUUUGUCCCCCACGUUUGGACCGUUCAUUGCAAGCACAGGAUGGUGCCAUUGUGCCUCAUAAGCCAAAGACACUAACAGAUACUUUAAUUCCUGAAGAAUUUCAUAUUGUGUCAAGUACAGGAGUUUCAGGUUUGGAGUGUUAUGAUGACAAAUAUACUACUCUCCUCACAGAUAGUGAAAACAGGCUACUGCUCUUCCCAUCCAUGAAACCUAAUAAAAGAGUAGAAGUGAUCAAGCUGAAUGACGUGAUGGAUGCUAUGCUAGAGAAGGCUGGUGUGGAAAAUCAGGAGUAUACAGGACCAACCAAGAUGCACAAACUACUACACAUGUUGAAGAAGGAACAGACCAUUUACAAUACAAUAUUUCAUGAACUUAUUAGACAAGUCAGUGUGGACUGUGCAGAUAGAGGAGAGCUACUGUCUAAAAUCAGAAACAGAUAUGUACAAAUGCUUGACCAAAUUGCUCGGCAGAUGAUUGACUUCUAUAAAGACUUGGUAACUCAGCGAAUGAUGGACCAGCGCAUUUUAGAAGAAUUGUAUAAUUUUAAGCAUGUUAUUGAAGAACUGACCAGGGAACUGUGUCUGGUUCGGGCACAUGAUGUGAAAUUAACAAAGGAUGCUGAGAAGGCCCACAGGGAUUUGGCACAAGCUCUUUUAGAUGCUGAAAAGAAUGCCAAAAUGGUGGAAGAAUACCAUGAUUUAUAUAAAUUACAAAGAAACAGGAUGGAGAAUGAUAUUAAACAGUUAAUGACUGAAAGAGAUGUCUGGAGUACAGCCACAUAUGACUUGGCUCUAAAGGUAAUUGAUAGAAAUAACGUCGUAUUGGCUAAAAGACUUUACCUCAAUGAAAAAGGCUGGGAUAAACACACUAAGCAUUUCAUCAUCCUGCUGACAACUAAGGACACUGCAGACCUUGCGCUGUUGCAGAAGUUGACACACAAAUGGAAAAACUUAGUGAAUAAAUAUAGAGAGGAGAUAGAACAUACUGAAGAGAUUACAAGGAAGACAUUGCAAAUUGUUAGGGAUGGCCUUAGCAAAUGGCAGGAGCAUUUCAAAAAUACUACUGUUACAUUCGUUUUGUCCCCUAAUAAGGCAAAUGUGUUUGAAUUAAUUCUUUUAGACUUCAAGCAGUGGCAAAAGGGACUGAAUGAUGUGAAAGAAAAGUUUACUGGAGAUGCUCUACUGUCGAAAUACGAUACUCUUAAGAUUAUUAAACAUUUACAGGAAAACUGGUCAGAUAUUGGGUUUGCGAUAUUUGGUCGCCAUAGAAGUUUGGAGGGAGAGAUGCCAGCAGAGCAAAAGCAGAUGGACGAUAUAUUAAAAAUCAUACUAAGACUCUACAAAGAAUUUGAAAUAAGAAUAAAUGGGGACAAUGGUAUCUCUAAAAUUCUUCCAUAUUUGAUUGGUUCUCUUGACUUCUGUUGUUUUAAGCUGGAAACCCUCCUGGAGAAUCCUCAUACAGCUCUUGAAGAAUGGGGAGGAGUUAAUGAAAAAAUGAAGGAAAUGAAAUCACAGUUGGACUCCUUAUUAAAUCUUAUUGGCAUUGUGCCAGAAUAUGUAGACAUGGAUUCUGGCUUGGUACUCCAAGAAAAUAUAUUUAACAUGAUACAAAACUGGCUUUUGAAAAUAAGCAAUGAAAUCAACAACGGUAACGUUGAACUUCAGCGCCAGGUCUGGUUCCUUCACCGUUCUGGGGCCCUUACACUAGUUCUUGCCUUGUACUCCUUCAUCAGUCUUUGUUGCAAAGGGCUGGUGGCAUCAAUAGCUCUGAGUAAAGCAUUUCACUCACGGAAAGAUGCUGCUAAGGAACUUCAUGAGCUACAGCAGAUGAAGAGAGAAUGUUUUGAAUGGAUCAACACAUGCUCUCACCUCCUUUCUGCUAUCAAAGGAAGAGAAAUAAUAUUGUUUACGUUAGAAGAAAUGGAGCGCCUAUUUGAAGAAGAGGACCCUUUAAAAUUAUUCCUUGAUCCUGAAAUAGUCAAGUCUUUGAAAAAGGCUGAAGAAGAAAAGAAGUAUGAGAAAGUUCAGGAGGAAAAGAAAAAAGAGAAAGCAGAGGAGCAACCUUCGACAUCUACAGAGCAGGAAAAACUCAUGCGAUUCAUUGGAAAAGAUGAAAAUAUUCAUACCAAACCUCUGUUUCGUAUAGAAGAUUUGACUUCCUGGAGAGAAGAAGCUAACAAAGGUACAUUGGCCCAAAAGUAUCUUGAAGCAAUGGCUAUAAUUGAAUAUAUGCAAGAUAAAUUAACGGAGGUUGAAAGCAGAGCCAGACAGGCAGAGGAGAAGUUUGAGGAUAUAAAUGAGAAACUCCAUUAUACCCUUAUAAAAAAUAAUGAUCUGGAGAAGGAACUAGAGGAAAUAAUUAAGGGACCUACACAAAAAGAGCCUGAAAGAGAAGAAGAAAAUGAAAAAGAAAAAGGAGAAGAAGAAGAAAAAACAGAAACAUAUGACGAAGAAGACAUCAAGUUAGCAGAAGGUUCCUCAAAAUCUCCAAAGAAAGAAGUACCACGUGAAAACGUUAAACCCAGAACCCGGUCUAAAUCCUCUUCCAAAACAAAACCUAAGUAA